AUGUGGGUGUGAUGACGUCUUUAUUACGCGGCAGUAGUCUGUGUCAAAUUAAGAAGAAGAUUAUUUUUCGCGUUGGUUUAGACUUUCUUUGCACCAAAACGUCGCUUUGGAUAACAGCCUUAUAUUUGCAUGGGUAACCUGUUGACGUCGAAGUGACAGAUUGGACAGCAGAAGAUCACCUGGUGCAGGUAUGCUGCAGGUUGAUGGAUGAACUGUUGGAUGGAUUCAUCGAUUCAUUCGUUUGUCUCCGGUUCACUGCUGCUCUUCCUCCCUCUGUCCUCUCCCUCCAUUGCUGUCCAACUCCUCGGCUUGUGAGCGGAUGAAUGCCAAAUCUCGUGAUUUUACCUUCGCCCAAAGGACUCCAUGUCUUUCUUGGAUUGUUCCUGCAUUUCCCACACUCAAGUCCAGCCGUUGGACAUAGAGGAGCGCUAUGAGGACAUCAGCCACCAGUUUCUGAGCCGUGACAGUUCCCAAUACACUCUGCAAGGCCCGGUGAGUGGUGAUGACAUCACAAGGCUGCCGGCUGAUCCGGCCCACUACCUGCUGCUGUCUGAGCUGGGGAGAGGCUUCAAUAACCUGAGCCAGGUGAAUAUGGCGCGUCAUAUUCCUACCGGAAAGCUGCUCGCCAUUAAACAAACCAAUCUGGACGAGUGCACUGAAGAGGAGCUGCUGCAACUCAUGAACGAGGUUUUGCUCUCCAGGUUUUUUCGUCAGCCAAACCUUCUGACGUCUCGCCUGGUUUUCAAUUCCUGCUGCCAGCUGUGGAUCCUCACACCUCUCAUGGGCUACGGCUCUGCAGACGCUUUACUAAGAACAUAUUUCCCCGAUGGGAUGAGUGAAUCUCUGAUAGCGUACCUGCUCUACGGCGUGCUGAAAGCCUUGGAAUACCUGCACAAGAUGGGCUAUGUUCACCGGGGGGUGAAGGCGAGUCACAUCCUGCUGUCGGGGGAGGGGCAUGUCUUCCUCUCGGGGCUGCACAGUGUUUACAGUAUGAUGCGGGAGGGAAAGAACGUGAAGGUGGUGUUCGAUAUGCCGCAUCACACCCCCGCCAUGCUGCCCUGGCUCAGCCCAGAACUCCUGAGACAGGACCUGCACGGUUACGGAGUGAAGUCGGAUAUAUACAGUUUAGGUAUCGUUGCUUGUGAGCUGGUGAGCGGCAGGGUGCCUUUCCAGGACAUGCCCCCCACCCAGAUGCUGCUCCAGAAGCUUCGCGGUUCCCACUGUUGUCUUUUAGACGUGGCUCCGUUCCCACUGAGUGAACUGGGGGGUCUGAAAGUGUCUCGAUCCGGCGUUGACUCUGGAAUCGGGGAAAGUGUCGCAACGGGUAGUAUGACCCACAGCGCCACCGCUCCUCCCACCGAACGACCACAGAGCCCCGCACCCAAAAACCACUCGGCCACUUUGCACAAUCUGGUUCAGCUUUGUCUUCAGCAGCAGCCGGACCGAAGGCCGUCUGCAUCUUCCCUUUUGACCCACGCCUUCUUCAAACAGGUGAAGAGGCACACCAGAGAGACUUUCCUGAAUCUAAUGUAUCCAGCAGUGCCCUUCUCCAGUCCUGAUGAUCCUCCAGUGUCUUGCCCCUCCGCCUCCUCAUGCCAUCCUCCUUCAUCCCCCGAAACUACGGAGGCUGUUUGGGACUUUUCCUAACUCCAAAAAGUGAUCUAAAAAAAAAAUUCUGACUAGAAAAAGCCAAACGAAAGGACAAUCAAAGCAAAAGCAACGAGGCCAAAUUCUACUGUGCUUUGAUUUUGUAUUAUCAUCCCUACUCGCUGAGCCUUUUUUAAAGUAUGUCGUUUUUUAGAUACGUUUGUCUGAUAUGGUGACAUUACUGUGAAAGUGCUGGAUCAUCAAUGAACUGUCAACAUGUCACAGGACAGAAGACUAAUUUGUUGACUUACAAUCACGCACUUCCUCUGAGAUUAAAAGGCAACUUUGAUACUACAGUUAUACUAAACAGUAUGUUGUUGUUAUGGUGUUAUAUCCUAAUAGGUACUUAGAAAAUAACCCCUGUAUGUCUGAGUAUCCGAGGUUAGAUGCAAUAUGUAUUCAGACUGUGAAUAGUGAAUACAGAGGUACGUAAUAGGACAUUACAACAGCAAGAGAGAAACAUCAAUCUUACAUUUGCAUAAAAGUGCUUCCAUGGGUACAUUUUCAAAUAUGUUUCUGCUACUCUUGAACAUGUAUGCACAUUGUUUAUUGUAUUAACACUCAUUUCUUAGUGCAAUCUUGCCUGUAAAAACGUAGCAAUAGAAUAUAUGUGAUGUCUUAAUGGGUUAUCCAUAGACACUGUAGAGAAGUCUUCCCAGCCCUUAUUGUCGGUGAUUCACCAGAAGAUUAUUUUGUAACUUACUUAUCCAACAAUGCCUUUCUGUUCUGAUCAUCUGAUCUAUUUGUAACUGUGAUUGAGUGUACUGUGUAUGAGAACUGUGAUUUACAGAACUUAUCGACCAUGGUAGUAUGAGCCUUAUAUACACGUAUAGUUAUAAAUUAUAUAUAAAUAUGAAUAUGCAAACUUUGA